CUUUGUUCAACCCAAAAUGUUUUCCUAUAAGCCUAUCAUUCUCGGUGUCCGUCCUUUGACACUAUUCAGCUCUACUCUUUCUCAACACCAUUAUGACUGGGCUGGACUAUCCACUUUACCCCAUCUUCGCUUUCCUCGGCUUUGUAGUCGUACUUGUACCUCUUCCCUGGCAUCUACAAGCAUGGAACUCAGGAACAUGCUAUUAUAUGAUUUGGACGGCACUUUCUUGCCUCAAUCAGUUCAUCAACUCCAUCGUCUGGCAUAACAAUGCUAUCAAUUGGGCUCCCAUUUGGUGUGACAUUUCUAUUCGGAUAAUGCUUGGCGCCUCAGUGGGCAUUCCUGCCGCAUCAUUAUGCAUCAAUCGCAGACUAUACAACAUUGCAAAAGUCCAUGCAGUCGCACUCACGAAUGCAGAGAAACGACGAGUCAUCUUUAUUGACACCAUGAUCUGCGUGCUUUUUCCUAUGGUAGUCGUUGCGCUCCAAUAUGUUGUACAAGGCCAUCGCUUCGAUAUUUACGAAGAUGUCGGCUGCUACCCUUUUAUUUACAAUACGCUACCAGCGUUUUUCUUAUCUGAUAGUUGGCCUAUAAUUAUCGGCCUUGUCUCCUCGGUCUAUUGUGGCCUUUCACUGAAGGCUUUUUACCUUCGUCGUGCACAAUUCACCCAGUUUAUGGCAUCCAACAAGUCUCUCAGCGCUAGCCGCUACUUCCGUCUCAUGGCACUCGCAGUGGCAGAAAUAUUGUGCACCAUCCCCCUCGCAUCUUUUAUGAUAUGGCUCAACUCGGCAGCACAGCCUGUACAACCCUGGAUCAGCUGGGAAUAUGUUCACUAUGACUUUUCGCGUGUUGUGCAAUAUCCGUCCGUUCUGUGGACGGCGAACUACCUCGUUGUUGUUGCUGUCCAGCUCACGCGGUGGUUCGUAGUCAUCUGUGCCUUCGUAUUUUUCGCCUUCUUUGGUUUUGCCGCAGAAGCCCGGAAGAACUACGUCAUAGCUUUCUGGUGGGUAGCAAGGAUAUUCGGAUUCCAUCCGGCGAAGCCGCAACAGCGGAUGAACUCAAAUGAGUUUAAUCGCGCUCCUCGUGUGCCUGCGGUGCUUCCAUCGGCGGGCUCAUUGCCCGUUUAUGUUGUCAAAGAACGCAAACGAAAUAGUUCGUUGGCAUUAUCUUGGGAACAUCCACUGGACGAAAAGAAAGCCGCCUUGGUUUGAAAAACAAUAUCUUCGGAAGCAAUUCGGAAGCGUCUUCUCAUGUCCGCUAUGACGACGUUGGUCUCAUGGAAUGUCGUGUGAGGUUGGAGACAGUUUCUGUUGAAACCGCUCAUGCUAUGAGUAAUCCACCUUCAUUUGCUAUUGUCAUUCAUAUAUACUUCGGACUCGAGGAACAUUCGAUCUUUCAUUUGUAUGAAUCAUAACAUCUCACAAUCUUAUUUUACUUUCGACCUGACGUAGUGUACAUACAUGAUAAUCCCCAAGCGGAUCGGGGCUCCCGUCAAAUAUCUUGAUGUAGUACAUAUCAAGUACAUAUAUGCAAAGGAUCAAAAUAUUAUUGUUUUUCGCACCAUAUCUAUCCAAAUAUCACCUAUAAAAUCUAAAAAGAUGGGAAUCAAAGCUAUUAGAUGGUGACAAGAUUCUAG